UUCUGUUUGGGUACCCACAGAGCUGUCGCCAUGGCGGAGGGAGCCGCGGCGGUCCGGGGAGCGGAUGGAAACACGGCGGAAGACAUGUUUCUGCAGGACGAGAGGACCGACGGGGACCUGACCCAGCUGAACCUGGGAGAACUGGACCUGACCACAGACGAGUUCAUCCUGGAUGAAGUGGACAUCCACAUCCAGGCUAAUCUGGAGGACGACCUGGUGAAGGAGGCCCUGAAGACGGGUGUGGACCUCCGUCAGUACUCCAAGCAGGUGGAGGCGGAGCUGCAGAGGAUCGAGCAGGCGUCCAUCAGAGACUACAUCAAAGAGAGCCAGAACAUCGCUCUGCUGCACAACCAGAUCACCGCCUGCGACUCCAUCCUGGAGCGUAUGGAGGGCAUGCUGAGCGGCUUCCAGAGCGACCUGUCGUCCAUCAGCAGUGAGAUCCAGACGCUGCAGCAGCAGUCGGUCAGCAUGAACGUCCGGCUGAAGAACCGGCAGGCGGUGCGCAGCCAGCUCAGCCAGCUGGUGGACGAGCUGGUGGUGCCCGGCGCCAUGAUCUCCACCAUCCUGGACUCCCCCGUCACGGAGCAGGACUUCCUGGAGCAGCUCCAUGAGCUCAACAACAAGAUCAACUUCGCCAAAGAGCUGAGCUUCAGAGAGACGCUGGCCUGCUCGGACAUCCAGGACACCGUGGACAAGCUGAGAGUCAAGGCCGUGACGAAGAUCAGAGAGUUCAUCCUGCAGAAGAUCUACUCCUUCAGGAAGCCCAUGACCAACUACCAGAUCCCGCAGAACACCCUGCUCAAGUACCGGUUCUUCUACCAGUUCCUGCUGGCCAAUGAGAGGACGGUGGCCAAGGAGGUCCGGGACGAGUACGUGGACACCAUGAGCAAGAUCUACUACAGCUACUUCAAGUCCUACAGCGGGCGGCUGCUCAAAGUGCAGUACGAGGAGGUGGCGGACAAGGACGACCUGAUGGGCGUGGAGGACACCGCCAAGAAGGGGUUCUUCUCCAAGCCGUCCCUGAAGAGCAGGAACACCAUCUUCACCCUGGGACAGAGAGGGUCCGUCCUCAGUCCCGCCGAGCUGGAGGGACCUGUCCUGGUCCCUCACACGGCCCAGAGGGGGGACAGCAGGUACCCGUACGAGCUGCUGUUCCGCAGCCAGCACUACGCCCUGCUGGAUAACGGCUGCAGAGAGUUCCUCUUCCUGUCGGACUUCUUCAUGGUGGCGGGGAACUCGGCCCUGGACCUGUUCAACAGCAUCAUGGGGAAAACGCUCAGCAUGUUCCUGAAGACCAUGUCCUCCUACGUGUCGGACUGCUUCGACAGCAUCGCCGUCUUCCUCUGCAUCCACAUCGUCCUGCGCUUCAGAGCCAUCACCGCCAAGAGGAGCGUCCCCGCCCUGGACCGGUACUGGGACGCCGUGCUGGAGCUGCUGUGGCCUCGGUUCGAGUUCAUCCUGGAGCAGAACAUCCAGAGCAUCCGGAACAGCGACCCCCAGAGGCUGGGCCUGCUGGACACCCGGCCGCACUACAUCACCAGGCGUUACGCUGAGUUCUCGUCGGCCAUCGUCAGCAUCAACCAGACGUUCCCCAACGAGAGAACCAACACUCUGCUGGGCCAGCUGCAGGUGGAGGUGGAGAACUUCGUCCUGAAGAUGGCGGCAGAGUUUCCCUCCAGACGAGAUCAGCUGAUCUUCCUGAUCAACAACUACGACAUGAUGCUCAGCGUGCUCAUGGAGAGGGCAGCAGACGACAGUAAAGAGGUUGAAGGUUUCCAGCAGCUCCUUCUGGCUCGAACGCAGGAGUUCAUCGAGGAGAUCCUCUCUUCUCCGUUCGGAGGGAUGAUCGCCUUCGUCAAGGAGGCCGAGGCUCUGAUGGAGAAAGGGCAGCUGGACCGGCUGAAGAACGACGAAGCUCGGAUCUGCCAGCUGGUCCGCGGGUUCUCCAGCUCCUGGAAGCAGUCGGUGGAGGCGAUGAGUCAGGAGGUCAUGAGGUCGUUCACCAACUUCAAGAACGGAACCAGCAUCAUCCAGGGAGCCCUCACCCAGCUGAUCCAGUACUACCACGGCUUCCACAAAGUCCUGAACCAGCCCCCCCUCCGCAGCCUGGCGGUCCGGUCCGAACUCAUCAACCUGCACCACCUGAUGGUGGAGGUGAAGAAGCACAAGCCCAACUUCUGAGCCACACACACUCUCUCACACACACACACACACACACACACACACACACACAAGCCCAACGUCUGACUCACACACACACACACACACACACACACAAACACACACACACACACACACACACACACACACAAGCCCAGCGUCUGACUCACACACACACACACACACACUCACAGUGAGACACACACACUCCUGAAUGUCCAUUAAACAUCGACUCCUCCUCUACUCGUGUUUUGGUGUUUUGGUGUUUGUAUUGAGUGUGUU